AUGGCUCGCGCACGAGUGCUCUACCACUCACGCACUCUUGCGACCGCAGCUAUUGGGACCUCCGCGUUUGCGCUCUAUCCCAGACAGACGGCAUGGGCCGAGUCACCUGCUGACGAUAUCCCCGACCGCAAACCAAUCUACCCAACAGCCUCUCCCUACGUAACGCGCAAGCUCACCACCAAACCAACCGCCUCAGAACCAACAAUACAACUCGCGCCCGGCGAGACUACACAAAAUUCCCCACCGCCCGGCCCAACCCCAACCGACCGCCUCGCCUCGCAGAUAAAAGUCCUACGCCUACAUCUCUACAAUGGCAGCUUAGCCACCGAAAACGCCUUCAACGACCUCCUGACCUACGCCUUCCGACAAGAAACCCGCCUCGCAGACACAAUCGCCUCCCUGGCCCCUUCACCACAAACGGGCGAAAAGCUCCUCCCCGGCGCCAUCUAUGUACUAGUAGCGACACUUGCAGGCUCGAUUGUCACGCGAAACCGGAAUAUUUUGCUGAGGGCAACAGUGCCAUUGGGAGUGGGUAUAGCGGCGGGCUGGGCUCUGAUACCCGUGACGAUGCGGAACGUUGGGGAUCUGGUUUGGGAGUAUGAGAAGGAAGUGCCGGUGAUUGCGGAUUCGCACCUGGCGAUCAGGGAUGCGGCGUUGCAGGCGUGGAAGGCUACGGUGAGGGAGACGAAGGGCGUGGCGGAGAAGGUGGAUAGUGCGACGGACAGGGGACGGCAGGCUCUGGAGGGGUGGGUUGAGAAGGGGAAAUGA